UGUCUGUAUAUUGUGUACAAUGUUUAUUAUGUAAUAUGGAUAUUGUGUAUUAUGUGUACAUAUUGUUCAGUGAGUGCUGUGUAUUCUGUAUAUCUUGUAACUACAUGACUGCAAUGUUGACGGAACUGCACUAAUAAAGUGAUUUGAUUUCCACAACAGUUUUAAUCAAGGUUAAUCCAUUCAAUCAUUAAGCUGGUUUGUUAAGUCACAUUUUGAAGCACUAUUUAAAAUGUCUUUCUUCAAAAACAUUUGGAUUGAAUACCCAUGCAAUGCAAACCACUUUAAGGUCUACAUCCUGUGAAAACAAGCUCCAUGCUUGAUUGCGAUUUUCAUAAUCUGUUUAAAUUUUUCAGAAUUCACAAUAAUAAUACAGUGAGAAUUGUGAUGGUUUGAGUGCAUGCGCUGACAAUGGAGUUAUUAAGUGUGUUGUCAUGGUGACAGCAUUCCACAGUACUGCUCCUGAAAGCUUUUCGCAACAAAGCAUUAGGAGAAAGAAUAAUACAGAUAUAAUACAAAAGCAAAUGCCUAAAUAUAUAUCACUACACAUUAAUGAAUUUUGAAGACCCUUGUAGAUUCUCGAAUUUUUACACGUAAAACGGAACCAGAGCCCUUUCCACUGACUGAACUCUUCUUCCAGGUCAAAGAGCUGUCAAUCAAAAACUCACUAGCCAAUGAGAACUCAUCUCAGUUAGCCCUGCCCAUACAAGAGUUUUGUGCCAGAACUGCGAACGAAAAUUCACUGAAAACUCUUGCAGCGCAUUUGUAAAUCCUGAUCAGCAAACGUAAGCAGAGAAUAUCGUUAACAAAGGAUGCUGUUUGUUUGAAGACUGAGUUAAAAUAUUGCCUUUGAUUUGUUCCGUUUCAUAUUGUUUUUUUUUUAUUAUUCAUUCUUAUUUUUUAUUUUUAUUAGUUUCUUGAAAAGUUACGUUCAAAUCAAUUGGCACAAAUAUAAUCCCAUACAACCCUAUGAGCCCUCUUGUCAAACACGUAAUGAACAGAGUUAACAUGUCAUGACUAGUGCUUCAUGAAGCUGAAUGCAGUCUGUAUGAUGGCUAGUGAGUUCAAGUGCGCAUGCGCAAAUGCGCCGGUCUCCUCCGAGUAGGUCGCGAACUCUGACCUCCUGUAGCUGCAGUGAGCCGUCAGAUCACGAUUAUUUAUUAAAACAUCAUCAUAUCUGGAUAAUUAAACACUUUACCGGACAUGGAUUAAACCACCUACAGAGCUGAAAUAAUCUUCUAAAAAUCUUCAUUUGUGUUCUGUUGAAGAAAGGAAGUCAUACACAUCUGGAAUGGCAUGAAGGUUAGCGUGUGGCUGAUGGGGUGUUGCGACUGAGCCACGGCUUUGACAGAUCGGUAUCAUGGAGGGAGAACGUCCCAGAAUACAGCUGGUGUCUGCAGAUGGAGGCCUACAGAUUGUGACUGAGCAGCAGUUGGCACAGAAAGUGCAGAUCGUCACGGCAAUUGACCAGGCUGGAACCGGCAAACAGCAGUUUAUAUUGGCUAACCUGGAUUAUCCCAACCAGGAGAAACUGUUCAUCAAACAGGAUAACUCACCUGCCAAGGUCAUCUUAACCUCUGCAGACGGGUCAGCUGUCAAUCAACUGCUUUUCGCAUCACCUGAACUGACAGGACAACAGAUCCAGUUUGUGACAGAGGGCUUAGAGCAGGGCACUCCAAAGCUGGCAGUGGAGUAUUGUGUAGUUUGUGGAGACAAAGCCUCAGGUCGUCACUAUGGAGCGGUGAGCUGUGAGGGCUGUAAGGGUUUCUUCAAGCGCAGCAUCAGGAAGAAUCUGGUGUACACGUGUCGAGGGUCUGGAGAUUGUGUCAUCAACAAACACCAUCGCAACCGCUGUCAAUACUGCAGACUGCAGCGCUGCAUGGCUCUCGGCAUGAAGCAAGACUCUGUGCAGUGUGAGAGGAAGCCAGUGGAAGUGUUGAGGGAGAAGCCGGCCAACUGUGCACCCUCUAUCGAGAAGAUUUACAUCCGUAAAAACCUCUGCAGCCCUCUCACAGCCAUGCCAACGUUUGUUAGUGAUAAAGAGACCACCAGAUCCAACAGUUUACUGGACUCCAACAUGCUCUUGAACAAUUCACAACAGCACAACACAAUUUUAAUUCCUCCUUCACCAGAUCAGAAUGAUUCCAAUCAGGGAGAUCUGGGCACUCUGGCAAAUGUGGUCACGUCUCUAGGACACAUCAACAAGAGCCGUGAGAUGAUGGACAGCAGUACUGACCUAUCAGAGAUAGAAACAAUGAGUAACGAUGACAGUGGUAUGACAGAUGCACAGCGGGAUGAGCAAAAUGAAGUCACACGGGCCUUUGACACACUCACAAAGGUGCUCCAGCCAGAGGAGGGUUGUGGGGAAGAGAUGGCAGAGGGUGAUGUUGCUGUAAGGGUUGAUGAACAGAGCGCCGCCCUGCUGGAACUAGAAGGACCGCUGCUCUCGGACAUGCAUGUCCCCUUUAAGUUGAUGAUGCCGUUGCCUAUGCCAGACUUCCUGAAUCUGAACUACAUCUGUGAAUCAGCAUCUCGUCUGCUUUUCCUCUCCAUGCACUGGGCACGCUCCAUCCCCGCUUUCCAGGCCCUCGGCUCCGAGAACGGCAUCACGCUGAUGAAGGCCUGCUGGAAUGAGCUGUUUGCUUUGGGUUUGGCUCAGUGUUCACACAUUAUGAAUGUAGAGACUAUCCUCACAGCCAUAAUAAACCAUUUACAGACCAGCCUGGAGGAAGAGCGGGUGAAGCAGGUGAUGGAGCACAUCUGGCGUAUGCAGGAGUUUUGUAACAGUAUGAGCCGCAUGAGUCCUGACGCUUAUGAGUACGCUUACCUCAAAGCUGUGGUCCUGUUCAGCCCAGAUCACUCUGGAGUGGACAGCACCCUUCAGAUAGAGCAUUUUCAGGAGAAAGCUCACAUGGAACUACAGGACUAUGUGAGCAAAGUUUAUCCAGAGGACACGUAUCGUUUGUCAAAGCUGUUAGUUCGUCUGCCUGCCCUGCGGCUCAUGAGUGCGGCACUAACCGAAGAGCUCUUUUUCGCCGGCCUCAUCGGGAAUGUCCAGAUCGACAGCAUCAUUCCCUACAUCCUCAAAAUGGAGUCCACCGACUACAACAGCCAACCAAUCAGCACCACAGAAUGACUGAAGCAAUGCCCAUAGCCUCACCAGUCAGCUUUAAGAUGUCAUUGCCUCAGAAAUGGGAUCAUUAUGUUCCUUUACUCAGAACCCUUUGGGCGAAAAAAAAAAAAAAAAUCUGUAUGAUAUAGUCAUGUGAACCAUUUUGAAUGAAGACAAUUUUGUUAUGACUUUGCAUUUUCAUUUGGUCGGUGUGUGGAUUGUUUCUGCGGGUUUAUGUAUUAUGGAUAAAGUGGAAAUCCCAUUGCGGUUGGAUGGUUUUCUCUUUUAUUGUAUUGUGUUCUUAUACUUAGAAAAGUGUCUAUAAAGACACAGGAAGUGCAAAAAACUUCUUCCUUAGAACCCCCAACCCCCCAAAGCACUGACUUUCUCUGUAUGCACUGUAUAUGAAUUGUGUAAAUAGGAAUAAUAAAUGUCAAAUCAGGGGAAAAA